AUGGGACCAUUUGUCUUUGGCUGCCACCAGGUCUUGGUGCCUCUCUGCAUGCCCCAGACCCUGGAGACGCCUGGGCAGGAGGAUGAUGAGCUCCUCUGGAUCCCUGCUGCCGCCUCGCUUGGCGCCUUGGUGCCCUACGCUCUCCUCCUGCUGGCCCUUUACGUCAUGCUCAGCAGGAAAAUCGCCCAACAUUCCUGCGGGAUGCAGGCGAGCAGCAGCCCCGGGGCGCGCCCCAGCCCUCACCCCAGCCCAGCUCCGGCCGCGUCACCGGGAGGGGACAAAGCACCAAAACCUGGGACACCAAAAUCCGGGGCACCAAAAUCCGGGGCACCAAAAUCCGGGGCACAAACCCCAUCACCAGCCUACACAGGGAGCAGUGACACAUCCUCAGAAACCUCGGAGGACUCGGAGGACAGCCCUUCCUGCCCUCAGGGCCGUGGCUCAGAGGAAAACAUCAAUUACACAUCCCUGGUGUUCCCGGGGAAAGGCCACGGGCCAGGCUCUGCCCAGGACUACGAGGACGGGAAGACUGGGAUGGAUUACGUCAACGUGGACCCAAAGAAGAGGAAAAUCCAUUUCUGGCCCUUCUCCAGCCCCAGGGCAUCCAAGGGGGUGGAGUACACCGAGGUGAAGCUGUGA